AUGGCCAAAAAACCUUCCAAAUCGGUUUCAAAACCAAAACCAAAUAUAAAAUCAGAGUCAUGUUCCGUAUCGAUAGACUGGCCUAAAUCUCUUUCAGAGUUUAAGGUUAACUCAUACCAACAAAUCGAGACAGUGGUUUCAGGCAUGAUUUAUGUUCUUCCGCACUUUUUCUCUCCCAAACUUUGCGACGAUCUUAUUCGAUUUUUUGAAACGACGAGCAACCUGAAUGAAAAUUCCAGAGUUCCUUCUAAAAACAAAUUAAAUUUCACGACUACCGAAAUGCCUCCGAAAAAGGAUUAUGCUGCACGAGUUAAUGAUAGAGCCAUGGUUGAAGAUGCACGAUUGGCACGUUUGCUAUGGAUUCAACUGAAAUCAUGUCUCUUGUCAGAAAACACUUCUGAGUAUUUCAAUAAUGAUAAUGAAGAAGAACUACCAAAUGAAGAACGUGAGCAAAGAGAAAAUUUCCAGGAUUGCAUAGGACUUAAUGAUAAUUUACGAAUUUAUAGAUACAUUCCAGGACAUUACUUUGGCCAGCACUACGACGAAUCUGUGAAAGCUUCAGUACUGCCGCUUGAUGGAACUCAGGUCAGAAAAUCUGGUGAAACACACUGGACUUUACUAAUAUAUUUAACUGGUGAAACUGAGGGCGAGGUUUCUGGUGGUGGAACCAUUUUUUAUCCUAAUGAACAUGAAGCCGCAACAUAUGGAAAAACCAAUAGAACAAGCCAAAGUUCUGGAAAAAGCUCUGUAGUACACGUUAAGACGCAAAAAGGAAUGUUGCUACUACACAAACAUGGCGAUGACUGUUUCUUACAUGAGGGAGAGAAAGUGACAGGCGGUGUCAAAUGGAUUUUUCGUAGCGAUCUUGUUUAUCCAUUAACAUAA